UCAAGGGUCAUAUGAAGGAGGGACUUUGAAAAUCAUGUCUGCUUUUGGCUUAGAUCUGGACGAAUUGACGUCAGCUUUCGAUCCUAAAAAACCAUCUUCUGAGACUCUUGUAGAUACCGGUUCUACACAGCCUGGUGACUUUGAAGAAAAAAAGCGAAAAGCAGAAGCUUCACUCAAACCCUUAUUAAAAGAAGUAGAGGAAGAUUCUACAGAUGAUUCUCCCAAACGUUCAAAACUAUCUGUUGGUGAUACUCUAGAAUUUAAUGCUCCCAGAAUACAAAUACAUAAAAUCAGUUCACCUGAAACAUGUACACACGAGGUGGCUGUUCCCCCUGAUAUUGAAUACAAGCCAAUUAUUAAAGAUUGUGGAUUUCCAGCGAAAACUUUUCCCUUCACGCUUGAUGCAUUUCAGCAACAAGCAAUCAUAUGUAUUGAUAAUAAUCAGUCGGUGCUAUUAUCGGCUCAUACGUCAGCUGGUAAAACUGUUGUUGCUGAAUAUGCAAUCGCAACAGCAUUACGGGAAAAACAACGUGUAAUUUAUACUACUCCUAUUAAAGCACUUAGCAAUCAGAAAUACAGAGAAUUCUUCGAAGCCUUCCCGGAAGUAGGAUUACUUACAGGUGAUGCUACAAUCAAUCCCAGCGCUAGUGUACUCAUCAUGACCACAGAAAUCCUUCAAUCCAUGUUGUAUAAAGGUGCUUCAAUGGUGCGAGAGGUCGGUUGGGUUAUAUUUGACGAAAUUCAUUAUAUGCGUGACCCUGAACGUGGAGUGGUUUGGGAAGAAACUAUAGUGCUUUUACCUGAUAAUGUUCGUUAUGUGUUUCUUAGCGCUACUAUUCCAAAUGCUCGCCAGUUUGCUGAAUGGAUAGCUCACCUUCACCAUCAACCAUGUCAUGUUGUUUCAUCUGACUGCCGUCCUGUACCACUACGUCAUUAUCUAUAUCCUGUGGGUAGUGAGGGUUUGUUUCUCGUAUUGGAUGAGGGUAAAUAUUUGGAGCAAAAUUUUGAACGAGCUAUGCGCUCGUUCCUUUCGGAUGAAUCAUCAAAUAAAAGACAAAAGUCACAAGUUGAUUACAAUAAACGUUCUGAAAAUAAUGUCAUUCAAAUUGUUCGUUUGGUCAAACAUCGCAGUUUGGAACCCAUAAUUGUAUUUAGUUUCAGUAAAAAGGAGUGUGAAAUCUAUGCACUCCAAUUAGCCAAAUUCGAUUUCACUACUGAUGCAGAGAAAAAAGUCGUUGAUGAAGUAUUCCGCAAUGCAAUCGAUGGUCUUUCACCUGAAGAUCGCGCAUUACCACAAGUUGAGAGUGUCUUACCAUUGCUUAAGCGUGGUAUUGGUAUACAUCAUGGUGGUCUUUUGCCUUUAUUAAAGGAAACUAUAGAAAUAUUAUUUUCUGAGAAUUUAAUUAAAUGUUUAUUUGCUACAGAAACAUUUGCCAUGGGCUUAAAUAUGCCCGCUAGAACGGUCCUAUUCACCUCGGCUCGUAAAUAUGAUGGACAGUCUUACCGUUGGAUAACAUCAGGUGAAUAUAUUCAAAUGUCUGGUCGUGCUGGUCGUCGUGGUAAAGACGAUAGUGGUACUGUAAUUCUAAUGGUUGAUGAAAGUAUGACUAGUGAACUAGCUCAUCAAAUUAUGAUGGGUCCACCACCCCCACUGAAUUCAGCUUUUCAUAUCACUUAUAAUAUGCUGUUAAAUUUAUUGCGUGUUGAAGAAAUUAAUCCGGAAUACAUGAUGGAGAGAAGCUUUUGCCAAUUCCAAAAUUUUGCCAGUCUUCCUAAUAUGUAUAAAGAAUUGAAUGAAUUACGUGCCACUUAUGCAUCAACUGUUGUUGAUGAUGAAGAAUCCGUCGAAUCAUAUCAUCAAAUUCAAUUAUGCUUCGAUGAACUAGUUGGACAGCAGUGGCAGUAUAUAAGACGUCCACAGUACAUAGUACCUUUUCUUCAACCAGGUCGUCUUGUUAAAAUUGUUGUUCAAUCCAUCUCAUACGGAUGGGGAGCUGUGAUCAAUCUGAAAAAACGUCAGCGUAAAGACAGGUCAUCUACACCUGAAUCAUUUUAUAUACUUGAUUGUUUAUUAUGCACCAAUCCAUCUAGAUCGAAUUCAGAAGAAUCUGGUUGUGAUUUACCUAGUGGGAAUCCAGUAGAUAACUCGGAAAUUUCAAAUUCAGUUACUGCUACUGGUAGUGAUACAUCACCGAUGGCUGAGAUUAUUCCUGUACGACUAGAUUGUGUUGUUGGUAUUAGUGCUGUACGUUUAGUUGUUCCAAAUGAUCUUCGUUCAAAAGAGGCUAGACAAGGUGUUUUAAAUGCAAUAGAAAAAGUGAAAAUACGCAUGGGUGGUAGUUUGCCAGUUUUAGAUCCUAUUGCAGAUAUGCACAUUAAUGAUCCACGAUUCCUGGAAGUAAAUGAGAAAGUUACUGCUUUUCAAGAGAGACUACAGCAUCAUUGGCUUCAUGAUGACCCACGUCUUUCAGAACUUUCGAAAGUUUAUAGAAAGAAAGAGCAACUUCGUAAACGUAUCGAUGCUCUUACAGCUAAUCUGAAUAGUAAAGUUUCUUUAAUUCAAUUGGAAGAACUAUCGGCUCGUAAACGUGUAUUAAGACGAUUAAAUUUCGUUUCUGAAUAUGACGUAAUUGAGUUAAAAGGUUGUGUAGCCUGUGAAAUCACCUCGGCAGAUGAGUUAUUAUUAACAGAACUUUUAUUUGAUGGGGUAUUCAAUAGACUGUCGUCUGAGCAUAUUGCAGCAUUACUUUCUUGCUUUGUAUUUGAGGAAAGAGCUUCGGAAAUGCCCAAAUUAACUAAGGAAUUAUCUGAUGCUCUGCGUACAUUACAAAUUAUCAUCAGUAGUAAUGCAUUCAGCUUCCAACCAAUACGUUUCAAGCUCGAACCCAAUCUCAUCGACUCGAGUUUGGAUAGCUGGGUAGUAUCACUAGCACACACACAAACAGUCUGACUCAAAGAUGAUUACGUAAACAUGUUUUUUUAAAUAAUCUACAAUACUACAUGUAAAUAGUCGAAAUCUAUACAUCUUGCUGACUAACAAUAAUUCUGAAUCUCAACAUCUCUCGUACUCUUCAGAGACUGAAUUCAGCAUCGAAGUUAUGGUUGGAACGAAAUUUGUAAUCUUUUAAAUUUGUUCAAAUAUAACCCACUAUUUUCCAGUUAAUUAACCUGCUUUUCACAUUUUUCUCUUUUCUGAAGACUUAUCUAAGUUUUAAUGGUUAAACACAGAGAUAUUGGCUUCCAAGCUAUCAUGAAAAUUAUGUACUGUUGCUGAUAACGUUAAAAUCGGGCUUCUAAAUAACUAUAUGAACAACUCUAUUUUUAAAUGCACGAGUUGAUUUAAUUUAAAAUAUCAAAAAUUAGUUCAUCGUUGAGUUUUCUUUUCAGCGUAUUCAUUUUCAAAACUAUUUAAACUAGCUCUUAGAAUAAGUCGAGUUACACAUGUAAAACCGCUAGUAAUAACUUGACGAGUUCUCAACUUCUUGAACCGAUAAGAUCAUCUUAGAAUUUCUGUGCGAGCCGAGUCGGUCUUUCAUCAUGUUAACUGACAAUUUUACCACCUGAUUUCCAUCAUUUCCUUAAAUAUAACUGUAAUUUACUUUAUGGUCUCACAUUUUGUAAUAAACACUUGACUCCUCAUCUUGAUGUUUAAAGUUUAACACCCAGUUUACUUGCAUAUGUAGAGUUAGUGUAGUCAUGUCGUCACCGUUUGUGAGUAAUAGCUUAUUGGUUAAAGUACGCUACUUGUUACCAUUGAACUAUGUUCAAAUCACCUUCCACCUAAUUCACUUUCGAGAUACAGUUAUUGUCACGUUUCCUUGCUCACAAACUAUUUGGAUAUCUGUGUAUACUUUUACUUCAACACUGGCUGUUGUUCAUCACUUUUUAUAUAUAAUUAUUUGUAGUUAAAAAUAAGCUGUACAUACAUAGUAACUCAACUAUUAAACGUUUACUUAGUCAUGCAGCGCAUCACUAGAUCCUGAAUUUUCAUCAAGUCCGUGUUUUAUUAAAUUAUAUCUUCCACAAAAUCCCGAGAUUCAAACUGUAACUCUGUCUCUUUACAAUUAAGAUAGUUUGCUAGUGGGAUUGUUGUUACUGUGUUUCAAAAAUAUUCCAACUGUAGCUCACUGACUUCAUAUAAAUUAGUGUUUCCCUCGAUAUCCAUGAGGAAUAUUAAAUUGUGUUUGGGCGUUGCUUGCGUUCGUUUUUAUGGUUAGAAAAAGGAAAUUUUAUUCGUUUUACUUUUUAUCUCGAUUAAUUCAAUAUCUAUUUGUACACAGGAUACAGCCAGACGUAUUGCACGCAUUAGUAACGAAUGUCGUCUCCCAGUUGAUGAAGAUAAUUACGUGGAUUCAUUUAAACCUCAUUUAAUGGAUCUUGUUGAUGCAUGGACAAGAGGAGCAUCCUUUGCUAGCGUUUGUUCUAUGACAGACUUGUUUGAAGGCACAAUUAUUCGUACAUUGAGAUUACUUGAAGAGUUAUUGCGACAAAUGGCUAAUGCAGCUAGAACAAUUGGUAGCAAUGUUUUGGAAAAGAAAUUUGUUGAGGCUAUCGAAAAAAUCAAACGGGAUAUUGUUUUUGCAGCUAGUCUUUAUCUUUGAUCAAUGGUGUUUACUGCAUGCAUUAUUUCUAAAGAUUAUUUGUACUUUUUCAAAUACAGUACAUAUACAUGUGCGUCGUGCAUGGCACUUUUUCUGAUUACUGAUAGUCCACCUAAUCAAUUGACACAUUCCUUUACCAGUAUAAUCUACCAUGUUGUUUCCGAUAAUUUCUAACCCUUAUGUAAAUUUGAAACUAGGUUGAUGCGAUGGUGAUUAUGAAUUUACAUGUCGUACUUGUAGCGUUUCAGUGGCCUCCAGAUGAAUUCAAAUAUUUAUUACUUGGCAUUGAAAUCUUAGGUUGUGACGCAGUUGAUUAUUUUUC